UUCAAACCCACUAAUCACUCGGCACCGUGCAAACGCCGCCCGCCCGCUCCCACCCGAAUAUCGCCGUAUGCAAAGCGCCGCCAGCGCCUCCCCGCCGCCCAUUGGCCGCCGCCGCCCGCCCCGGCCCAAUUGGCCCAGGCGUUUGAAUAUGAAUGCGCAGGGCCCGGCGCCGCCGCCGCCGCCCGCAGCCCGCGCCGCUCCCCGGGCCCGCCCGGCCCCGCUCCGCCAGCCCCGCUCCGUUCCGCUCCUCUCCGCUCCACCGCUCCCGCUCCGCUCCGCUCCCAGCCGCGUCCUCAGAAAGAUCCCACGGCGGAGUUGGAGAAGGGCAGAGCCGGGCGCUGGGCAGUGCUGCCGCUUUGUGCCCGUCCGAAGAGGCUUCCCCCCUCCUUCCCUCUCCUUUUGCAAGGAACCCCCUUCACUGGCUGCCAGAAACUCGAGGGGGAAAUAAAAGCUGAAAUCCAGUGGAAGCUGAUGAAGCCACCAUGGAGAAAUGCUGGUUCACCACACUGGCUAGCACCAGCUUGGUCUGGCUCCAGCUCCGGGAUGUGCAGCCUACAGACACAGGAAUGAAAAGAAAUAUUCUAAAAAGGAUGAGUCAGCUGGAGGCCAGUGGGGACAGCGUGCAGGAUCUGACUGGAAUUUAAACAGUUGUGAGGCUCCACGUUGUUUUGAGCCCUGCCAGAGGAGAAACUCAAACGUGGGGAACGCUUUGUCAUCUGGCAUAAUUAUGUCACUUUGCUGAUUAGCUGGUAAACUCUUUUCAAAAUGCUUUUAGACAAUAAUAAGUUCAUGAAAUAGAAAAACUUCUUACUGACACCCCCGACAAGGGCCUGCUUGACAUGCUAUUGAAAUUGUCUUCCCCAGAAUGCCACCAGACUCUUGAACAGCCAUGAAAUUGGGUUUUUUUAGUAGGUAUUAGAUGACUUACCCUUUAAAACAGUCCAGAUAUCUUCACACCUUCACUUCUGUGCUGUAAGCUGGAUGUGAGCUGUGAGUACACCUACACUCCGUGCAACUGAUGUCUCAGGGUUCAGCUUUUCUAUUUUUCACAUUCUGUGCUGCUUUAGUGGGUGGGUCUGAGCUUCCCAUUCAGGGAUGGUGAGCUCUGUGCACAGAGCAGGGAGACAAAACAAUUCCUGCUCCAGCUGGGCACCAAGGACAAAUGAUCCCAAUCUCAGCCCCAGAGCACAAACCCCGUGGGCUGCAGAGAGAAAAACAAGCAGGGUGGGAGUGCCUGGGCUAAAGCUGGAAUGGGACAAUGAACUGCAAGGUGCAAAUGGAGCAGAACUGAUCCCAGGGAGAGAGCCCGGGAGCGCUCCUGCAUUUUGGGGCCAUUUUGGUUCAUCUUGGGUGCAGCCCUGGCUGGGCUCUGGUGCUGCCCAAGGUGGAUCCAUGGAGGAGAUGCUUUGACUCAAUCCCUGCUUUAUUCUGUAGCUCAGUCUAGUGUUGUUCUAGGCCAGCCUAGAACAGAGCUUGUUGUUCAAGGCAUCACAACCUGGAUUUCUCUGCUUGAUUUUCUGUGUGUUUGCACCAGCUGGGACACCAGCAGUUUUGUGUGAAGCUCCUCCACUCACAUCCUCCCUGGCUACCCUGGGAAUCAGUGCCCAGUAUUUGGAUAAUUUAUUUGUAUAAUUUGUGAGGCACAUAACUUCCAAAGGUUCGAAGCUUUGGCCAUAGGGUUCUUUGAAUAAAUGAUGUCAGAAUUACUUCUAAUUGUUGUGUGGAAAGGUACACAUCCCAUUCCUCCACUACAAAGGGUGAUCCACUCAGUCUUACUUCCCAGGCUGGUCAGACCAGUGGGGAGAGUCCUUUCUGGAGCUCCUCCAGGCAGGGUGUUGGGAAGGAAAAGCUGCUGCCAGGCUGUGACUGGCCAUCCUUUACAGCUGCACUGCGCCUGCCCUUCCUGCAUUCCUCCACCUUUCCUUCCAUCAAACCUGAUCAUUCCCAGGGAUGCUGACCCACACUGUGGGACUGGCCAUGGAGAAGAAAGGUGAGCACUGCUGAUUGCUGCCUCCCCUGGGAGAAGCAGAUCCCUCUCCCACACGUGGAUAAAUGAUAAAUCAAGCAGACUAAAGCAGAACAGGAAAUUUCCCUGAGGGAUAUCCCGUAAUCUUUAGUGGGAAGCAGGGAAAUAUCAGCAGUGCUUUAUUGCUCUCAUGGCCAUGGCUGCCUGGGGUGGCUUGCAAAGGGCCUGAGGUGGGCUCAGAACCAUCAGCAGCUUCCACCAAGGGCUUGUUGAGGACCUUCACACCAGUAAGAGAGGCACUGGUGAGUUUUAGACAAGGCAACCAACCAGGUUUUCACCCCAGGAAAGUGCUGGAAUAAAUAGCCACACAACUAUUUGUAAACACUCCGGGGGAAGCCGCCAACAGGGGUUUGUCAAGAACAAAAUGUGUUAAAUCACUCCAGUUAUUUUCACAGAAUUCCCAGAAUGACCAGGUUGGAAGAGACCUUCAAGAUCAUCCAGUCCAAGCCAUCCCCAUCACCCCAACCAAGCCCU